UUUGGAAAUAUGGCAGUAGAAUGGUUGGUUGAUAAAUUCCCUGAUAAAUGAGGCUGUGAAUAGGCACCCAAUUGCGUUGAAUUGAAGUUCAAAAAGGAAACAAAAUUCAAGAAAGUACUAGCUACACUUGAAAUCUUCCUUUCUUCUGUCGUCCUGUGAUAUUGCCUGAUUUGUAUACUAAGGACAUUGAAGCACGCAUGGCAGGAUUAGAUCAACUGGGUUGCAGAGACCAAAGAUGGUCUCUGCAGGGUAUGACCGCACUUGUCACCGGUGGAACCAGAGGCAUUGGAUAUGCUGUAGUAGAAGAACUAGCAGGAUUUGGGGCAAAAGUUUAUACGUGUUCGCGCAACGAGAAAGAGCUAAACGAGAGGAUUAAAGAAUGGGAGAUUAAGGGAUUUAAUGUAUGUGGUUCAGUUUGUGACCUCAUUUGUAGAGACCAGAGACAGAACCUGAUUGAUACAGUGUCCUCUAGUUUUGAAGGGAAGCUCAAUAUCCUUGUGAAUAAUGCCGGGACAAUUAAGCAUAAAAACACUGUAGAUUACACUCUUGAAGACUACUCAAGUAUAAUGAGUACCAAUCUUGAGUCUCCUUAUCAUCUUUGCCAACUUGCAUAUCCACUCCUGAAGGCAUCGGGAAAUGGAAGUAUUGUUUUCCUCUCCUCUGUUGCUGGGUUCAUAGCUUUACCAUUGAUCUCUGUUUAUGCAGCAACUAAAGGAGCAAUCAACCAAUUAACAAAAAACUUGGCGUGUGAAUGGGCUAAGGACAACAUUCGCACAAAUGCUGUUGCUCCUUCUGGUACCAGAACUACGAUUUUACAAGAACCUGAUCCUGCUGUCAUCGAGGCAUAUGCUGGAAUAAUACCUCGAAAUCCAAUCCGCCCAAUUGCAGAGCCGAAUGAGGUUUCAUCGCUAGUGGCUUUCCUUUGCCUUCCUGCGGCUUCAUAUAUCAACGGGCAGGUGAUUUGUGUGGAUGGAGGAUUUACAGUGAAUGGUUUUUAGUUCAUCCUGCAGUCUCUCUUGUCCUUAAGCGGUCUGCAACUCUAUUUCUAUGAGUAGUAGCUCCACAAUUUUGAUCUGCUGCUCUUCUUUUUCUUCCAAGGUUUGACUGAAAAUAUCUCUACUGUGUCAUUUACUAUGUGAUCUUCUCAUGGUUGUCUGUAAGAUUUAAGCUGAAACACCUUUCUGAUUGAACA